AUGGUAGCGGCAGUCCCUGUGCAGAACUCUGCUGGCCGCUGGCUCCUGUGCGGCAGCUGGUUGUUGGGUUUCUGGGCUGUCUACACACUCUGCUCCGGCUUCUCCGAGUUCUUCAAUGGGGUCUUCAUCAACCAGUACCGCUUCGGCUUCCCUGCUUUCAUCGCUGUCUGUCAGGCAUUAUUGACCGUUGUGGUGCUGCAAUUGCUGAGCCAAGCCAGACUGUUGAAGAUCCAGCCGUACUCACUGGAGAGUGGAGAGAUUUUCCUGCUUCCUUCUAUUUGUUUUAGUUUUCAUUCAGUGCUAACCCUGUGGGCUGUGACCAGCUCCAACUCCGUAGGGUUUAAUUUUAUCAGACAGUUUACACCCCUGGCCACCUUGGCAUUGACAGAAAUAUUCAAGUUGAAGAAAAGAACAUCGUCCAACAGUGCUUUCUUGGUACUGCUGGUGACUUUGUGCUCCGCUCUUGCAGGGCUUCAGAACUUCACCGAUGAAGCUCUGGUAUACGCCUAUGGAGUAUUAAAUCUCAUGUUCAAGAGCACGUACCUCAUUUUGAUCCAGGAGAUGUGUGAAGACCACAAGUCGUCGGUGGUGGAUGUCUACUACACGUGUAACAUUAAUACCUGUCCGCUGCUGCUGCUGUACUGCCUUCUCCAUCCUGAUACUCCUCAGAUCUUCUCAUCGGGCAGCUGGUCCAGUCUGAUCUUUUUGGGCUUCUUCUCCUUGGUGCUGCUGCUUGGGUGUUUGCUGAAUUUUCUUGUCUUCCUGUGCACCUUGCUGAGCUCAGCCCUGACCAUGAACAUAUUUGAAGUUGCAAAGACAGACAUACUGAUGCUGAGAAACAUUUCCACACAUGAAUGGACUUCCUCACUCCCUCUUCUCACCAGCCUUCUCAUCAGUAUCAGUGGAGUAGGGGUCUAUAUGUAUAAAGCAGCCUGGGAGCUGAAUACAGGAAUGAAGAAAGAGGCAAUGUGUAUCACCACCUGA